ACACCCCCCCCCCCCCAUCCUGUGCUCUCAGGAGGGGAGGGCGCCACAGGCAGUAGAGGUCCCAGGUCCCAGAUCAGGGUCCCAGGUCUCAGGGUGGAGAAAGGCUGCUUCCAGGCGCUCGAAGCUGUUGCCUGCAGGUCUGCUCUGAGAACAGAGGCCUGGGGUCUGGCCACCCACUUAGGAGGGAGGGUGCACACUGGGAGCACCAGGGUCCAGAGAGUGUAGACGCUCCUUGAAGUGAUGGGGUGGGUGCUGGCAGCUCCGGAAGGGGAACGGUUGGGGAAUGGUGGGGGAGGCCUCUGGCCAACCAGGUCUUUCGGUGCAGCCUCCGCGAAGCAGGAGCCUCUCCCUGUUGCACCUCUUUUCUCAGUCUGGAUUUCCACUCUUAGAACCCCCGGGGGCUGAGCUGGCGGAAGCCGCGGGCCUGCCCGGGGCACAGGAGUCUUCACCUUCAAGUCAGAACGGGACCCCGCAGUACCAAAGCUGCUGCCGGACCUCACUUUUCCUCCCGGUGAGCCCGGAGGGCUUGCAAGCGUAGGCGUUUGGCAGCAGCUGCCUCGGCAUGGACAGCGUGGCACCCGCCCCCGGCGCGCUGCCCUACUACGUGGCCCUCUCCCAGCUGCUGGGCCUAACCGUGGUGGCCAUGACGGGCGCUUGGCUGGGCGUGUACCGAGGUGGCAUCGCCUGGGAGAGCGCCCUGCAGUUUAACGUGCACCCCUUGUGCAUGGUCAUAGGCCUGGUCUUCCUGCAGGGAGACGCCCUGCUGGUUCACCGUGUCUUCAGGAAAGAGACCAAACGCACAACCAAGGUGGUGCACGGGCUGCUGCACGUCUUUGCCUUCGUCAUCGCGCUCGUGGGCUUGGUGGCCGUGUUUGACUACCACAAGAAGAAGGGCUACGCGGACCUGUACAGCCUGCACAGCUGGUGUGGCCUGCUGGUCUUUGUCCUUUACCUGCUGCAGUGGCUCGUGGGCUUCAGCUUCUUCCUGUUCCCUGGAGCUUCGUUUUCCCUGCGGAGCCGCUACCGCCCUCAGCACGUCUUCUUCGGUGCCACCAUCUUCCUCCUGUCCGUGGGCACAGCCCUGCUGGGCCUGAAGGAGGCGCUGCUGUUUAAACUCGGGGCCCAGUACAGUGCCUUCCAGCCGGAGGGCGUGCUGGCCAACGCGCUGGGCCUGCUGCUGGCCUGCUUCGGGGUGCUGGUGCUCUACAUCCUGACGCGCGCCGACUGGAAGCGGCCUGCGCAGGCCGAGGAGCAAGCCCUGUCCAUGGACUUCAAGACGCUGACGGAGGGAGACAGCCCCGGCUCCCAGUGAUGCCCGCCCGGCUGUGGGGUGCGGGUGCGGGUGCGGGUGCGGGGAGGGCGGGGGUUGGGGGGCUGUGCCUGCUUUCGCGCUGAUUUCUCGGGUUCGGCUUCCUCUGCUUUGCCUUCCCUGCUGCUGUAGACAGGGCGGUUAGUCACGUGCGGCCCUGGGCCCGGGUCGCUCUGCGCAGACGCUCUGGGGAGGCUGUGGCCGCAGAAGCACAGAGCCGGGGCAGGGGACAGUGACUCCACCCCGGGGCCCCGGGGCCAAGCAGCUGCUCUGUGCCCUUGAAUCCCGAGCAGCCUUCCCUCCGGCCCGAGGAGCACGUGGGACGAUGGGCCCAGCGUUUGGCAGCGCAGCCAGUGACAUUAUGUGUAAAAUAUGCUCGUGUUUAGAGAAGGGUCCCCAGGCGAGGGGAGGCUCCGGCCCGGGCGGCAGGCUCGGGCCCUCCUUCUCUUUAACCCACAAGCCCCUGGAUGGUGUCGCAGGGAGAGGGCCGGAAGUGCUGGCUCUAGACCAGCUCCCAGCCUGCAGAGGAGGGCGGCUGCCCCGGCCGGUGUGGCUGUAGGCAGAGGAGGGCGGCUGCCCCGGGGCCGGUGGCACACAGCUCCCCCUGCCGGGCGGGCUCCCGCACAGCUCCGCCCGGGAGUCCAGCACAGGCCGGCGCAGGCCCCGCAGGCCGUGGGCAGGGCCGCCGCCUCCUGCCGCUGCUGGGCUCCUCUCGCUUCUGCUCCGCUCUGCCCGUCAGGCCCCCCGCGCCCCUCCGCCCACCUCCGUGUGACCUUGGAGGCGGCUCUCUGAGCCCAGUGUGCCCAGUCCGUGUGGCGGCGUCGCGCAGAGGCGCUGCGCUGGCCUUGCUGGGCUUGGCCCCUGCUCUCCUGUCCCCCGCGCUCGUGCGAGGCAGGCGCGGUUUCCUGAAGAACUUAAUACAGCUUCCAG